GUAUCUGUGUGUUUAGGACAUCCCGCCCCCUCCCUCCACACGUGUGUGUCCGAAAAGUUUUUACAAGACACUAUAAAGCCACUCUGCCUGUAGUUUAUGACUCUUAACUUUAAUAGUUACCCGUUUUUCUGUUUCUAGAUUCACUGGACUUUAAAGAUGGCGGACCAUUCAGAACACGAAGAAUUUACCGAGCUGCCAGAUCUAAGCGAAUUUCUCCGGGAGGAUCCCUACUUAGUGCCCUACCAAGAAGACUUAUGUCGCAGGUACCAGUUGUUCACUGAGAGGUUGUCUAAGCUGGAGGAGGCUGAGGGGAGUUUUGAUAACUUCACCAGGAGUUACAUGUUCUACGGUGUCCAGAGACAAGCUAAUAACAGCCUGAUGUUCAGAGAGUGGGCUCCAGGAGCUCAGGCCUUGUUCCUCACUGGGGACUUCAAUGACUGGAACAGAACGUCCCAUCCCUACACUAAGAAAGAGUAUGGUAAAUGGGAACUUUGCCUUCCUCCCAAAAGUAACAAGUCACCUGCCAUCGAACAUGAGACCAAACUCAAGCUAGUGGUACUGACGUCCGAAGGGGAGGAGUUAUUCCGUAUCUCUCCGUGGGCCAAAUACUGUCACAAACAUGUGGACUCCAACACCUACGACUGGAUACACUGGGACCCUGUUAGACCUUGCCUGCACCAACACACCCGUCCUAAGCGUCCCAGGUCUCUGCGUAUAUACGAAGCUCACGUUGGCAUCGCCUCGCCGGCGGAAGAGAUCGCCACCUACACCAACUUCACCCUCAACGUCCUGCCCAAAAUCAAAGACCUGGGUUAUAACUGUGUCCAGUUGAUGGCCAUCAUGGAGCAUGCGUACUAUGGAAGCUUUGGAUACCAGGUCACCAACUUCUUUGCUGCCUCCAGUCGGUUCGGCACCCCUGAGGACCUGAAGAGGUUGGUGGACACCGCCCACUCUUUGGGGAUCACCGUCCUAUUGGAUGUUGUCCAUAGCCACGCCUCCAGUAACACGGCUGAUGGGCUGAAUAAGUUUGACGGGACAGAGUCCUGCUUCUUCCACUCUGGGGCUAGGGGACAACAUCCACAGUGGGGCUCACGUCUCUUCAACUACCAGAGUUGGGAAGUAUUGAGGUUCCUGCUGUCUAAUCUCAGAUGGUGGAUGGAAGAGUAUCGCUUCGAUGGCUUCAGGUUCGACGGCGUCUCAUCCAUGCUCUACCACCACCACGGCAUCGCCAUGUCUUUCUCUGGUGGUUACAGUGAGUACUUUGGAAUGCAGGUUGAUGAGGACUCGAUCAUACAUCUGAUGCUCUCCAACCACAUCCUACACGCACUCUACCCUGACUGCAUUACCAUCGCAGAGGAUGUAUCAGGAAUGCCAGGGUUGUGUAAGUCAGUGAAGAAUGGAGGGCUUGGCUUUGACUACAGACUCAACAUGGCUGUACCUGACAAGUGGAUCCAGAUACUGAAGGAGUUAAAGGAUGAGGAAUGGGACAUGGGGAACAUCGUCUACACGCUGACCAAUAGGAGGAAGGGUGAAGCAUGCAUCUGCUAUGCUGAGAGCCACGACCAGGCUCUGGUAGGUGAUAAGUCCCUGGCGUUCUGGCUGAUGGAUAAAGAGAUGUACACCAACAUGAGUUCCCUGAUCGCCAUGACUCCCGUCAUCGACCGAGGCAUCCAGCUACAUAAGAUGAUCCGCCUCCUCACACACGCUCUGGGGGGAGAGGGCUACCUCAACUUCAUGGGUAAUGAGUUUGGCCACCCAGAGUGGCUGGACUUCCCCAGGAAGGGUAAUGGUGAGAGUUAUAAGUACGCCCGUCGUCAGUACAACCUGCUGGACCCUGACAACAACCUACGCUACACACAGCUUUACGCCUUUGACAGAGACAUGAACCUCACGGAGGACAAAUAUGGAUGGCUGGCCUCUCAGAAGGUGUUGAUGACCACAGCAGACGAGAAGGAUAAAGUCAUCGUGUUUGAAAGAGCCAACGUUAUGUUUGUUUUCAACUUCCACCCCAGUAACAGCUACAGCGACUACCGCAUAGCAGCCGGUCCGAGCGGGAAAUAUCGUAUCAAGCUGGACAGUGAUGCUGAGCAGUAUGGGGGACAUGGUCGGCUGGACACGGACACAGAGUUCUUCACCGAACAGGAACCAUUUAAAGGUGUCAACGACCAAUGGCAGCCACACUCUUUGAAGGUCUACAUUCCCUGCCGGACAGCGCUGGUUCUGGCCAAUGAGGAGCUAGAUUACUGUUACUAAGGAAGAGGGGUUGAGGGCUCCUGGUAGUUGGAUGCCCCAUAAUAACCUGAUGACAUCAGAGGGGAGAGGAUGCAGAGGGGAAUCUAUUUAACCCUGAUCUGUAUCACACACACACACACACACACACACACACACACACUCCAACACACACACACACACAUAUAUACACACACACAUACAUACACACACACAUACACACACACACACACACAUAUACACACACAGGCCUUUUCGCCAGUUACUGCAGUUUAAUAGACCUCGUCUUACACAUAGAGAAAAAGGGGACAUAGUCAAGGCCUUUUCAGUCAUUUCUGAUAUUAGUUUUACGCGUACACAAGGUGACUUCAGUCUUAUAAGUAGAAGAAAGGGACACGGAGUCAGAUUUAUGUAUGUUAGUUAAUAAUAAAGUGCCUUUUUUAUUAUUGUGUUUGAACGCUGUAUGUGUGAGUAGAAACGCUAGAGAGGGAUCUGCCUCAAUGGGACCCUAAUCCCUACUAAUAGGGAUUCUGGUCAAAUGUAGUGCGCUAUGUAGGGAGUUAUUUGUGCCUUUUUUUAUUUUUUUUAUUGUCUGUUAGUUUACUGUGUGUUGGAGGGAGGAAACAGAAACGCAGCUUACAAAACAGAUGAUGUGAAAACAGUGUUUAGGGUAAUAAUCUGUUUACUGUAUUGUGAAUGCCGUUGUCUAAAAAAGUUUAUUACGGUAGACUGGGAAUUUAAAUAAAAUAUAAACUUGUACUGUGAUAGAUGAAGCAAUAAAAUGAAUAAGGAUA